GAGAGAGAGAGAAAAAGCGCACGAGAGAACACUCCACAGCUUCCUUCUGCUGAGACUCCUCGGCCAGCCCACGGAAGGCUUCACAGCAUGUGGGAACUCCGGUCCAUAGCCUUCUCCAGGGCGGUGUUUGCAGAGUUCUUGGCCACACUCCUCUUCGUCUUCUUUGGCCUCGGUUCGGCCCUCAACUGGCCAAAGGCUCUGCCUUCUGUGCUGCAGAUUGCCAUGGCCUUCGGCCUGGGUAUCGGCACCCUGGUGCAGGCUCUGGGCCAUGUCAGCGGAGCUCACAUCAACCCUGCUGUGACUGUGGCCUGCCUAGUGGGCUGCCACGUCUCCUUUCUCCGGGCUGCCUUCUACGUGGCUGCCCAGCUGCUGGGGGCUGUGGCAGGGGCUGCUCUGCUCCAUGAGAUCACACCACCAGACAUCCGAGGGGACCUGGCUGUUAAUGCACUUAGCAACAACACGACAGCUGGCCAGGCCGUUACCGUAGAGCUUUUCCUGACCCUGCAGCUGGUGCUCUGCAUCUUCGCUUCCACAGAUGAGCGUCGCGGAGACAACCUAGGCAGCCCUGCCCUCUCCAUCGGUUUCUCGGUCACCCUGGGCCACCUCCUUGGGAUCUACUACACCGGCUGCUCCAUGAAUCCCGCCCGCUCCCUGGCUCCUGCUGUUGUCACCGGCAAGUUUGAUGACCACUGGGUCUUCUGGAUCGGACCCCUGGUGGGCGCCAUCCUGGGCUCCCUGAUCUACAACUACGUCCUGUUCCCGCCGGCCAAGAGCCUUGCGGAGCGCCUGGCGGUGCUCAAAGGGCUGGAGCCCGACGCCGACUGGGAGGAGCGCGAGGUGCGGCGGCGGCAGUCGGUGGAGCUGCACUCGCCGCAGAGCCUUCCGCGGGGCAGCAAGGCCUGAGCGCGCCGCCCGCCCGGCCCCGAGGCCCCCAGCCCCCGGCUUGGCUCGGGGGAGCGCCGAGUGACUGGCUGCGGGCCGCCUGCCCCGCCCCUCCUCUCCCCGGGUCCGCAGUGCGCCCCGGUACGGAGUAGCCGCUGCCUGGGCUGCGGGGUGGCGGUGAGCUCGGCAGACCCCCUGUCCCCAGGCUGCAGGCAGCGAGUAGUCGACCCUCUGGCCCCUUGCAGGGAGCUGGACGCUUGGGGAGGGAAGGCCGGCAGGCAGAGGAAGGCUCUGGAGAGGUCGCAUCGGGUAUUGCUGGGAAGGGGGGUCUGGGAAAGGUGCAUGGGGUUUUGCUAGUGUGCAAGUGUGAGUGCCUCUCUGUCCCCAAGUGCACGGUUGUGCACGCUCCUGAGUGUGAGUAGCUGUGCCUGUGUUGGUGCAAGUGUACUGGCUGGCCACCUCUCACUCCCCUCUGGAUCCCUUCCUCCCCUACCUGCAAUAAAUCCACUUCCUCUGCAUCUGAUCAUCCCCAGGAGCUCUAAGAGAGUGCUCCCCAGGAGAAGGGAAGGGAAGGGUCCAGAGGUCACUAUAAGAGGGCUGAAGGAAGGGGAGGGCCCUGGUUGCCAAACCCUGCCCUGCCUCUGCUGGAAAUUUCCCCUGGGCUGCAGCAUGCUGGGCCCCAAGAUUUGCCAACAUCCAUUGCUAGGGACAGAGAAGUAUCAACCAGAGAAUGCCUCCCCCAGAAGUGGCCUUUGGAAAAAUCGAGGGUUGGGUGGCCAAGAAUGGCCUGAGGGAAGACCUCUUCCGAGAAGGGAGUAGGCGAAUGUGUGUGCAUGCCUGUAUGUGUGUAUGUGUGCCCUACAUGUGCACAUGAGACCCCCGUCUCCAGGGGUCUCCAGACCCAGAGAUUAGCCUGUGGCAGAGGAAACAAAAGCCCUCUGUGGGCCCCUGGCCUUUGUCUUGGGGAGAGGAGAUUUGCAACCAGACACUGGGUGAAAGGAGACACUCAGUUUCGCAAGUGAGCCUUCUCUCCCAGCUCACCGGAUGGCUUGGCUGGGCAAGGCAUUAGGCACCCUCCCCAGGCACUUCCUCCCUAGGAAUCUCUCUUCCCCUCCCUCCCUUCAUGUCUCCACCAUAGGACUGUUACUGGGGGGAGAGCAGCCUAGCAUUGACAGGCCCACGAAAGGGAAAUGACUUGUCCAGGCCGAGGCAAGUCUGUGUCUAGAGCCUCGGCUUCUAAAUUUCCAGGCCAGUGCAAUGGUUCUCAAAUAAGAUUAACUAGGAUUAAGUGAGAUGAUGCAUGUAAAGAUGCUGUGUGAACUGUAAUUCCUCAUACCAUUAUCACGCAUUAUUGGGAUUAUUUCAUUAUUUCCGCUUCCUGCAGGGAGAAUACCGAAGGGGUCUGAUCCUUGGCCUCUUUUACCUUCUUUAGUUAGUGGUCAGUUCAAAGGAGAGCCCUGGGAGCGCAGGCAGGGGGAGGUGAGUUUGGGGCUGGCCCCAUCUGCAGCCAGCCUCUUAACCUCUCCUGACCCCAAGCAUCCCCUGCAUGUUCUCCCAUUUUCUUCCUUCCACCACUCAGUCCAUCCAUUCUCUCCCUCCUCUCCAGCCUGCUGUGUAGCUAAGCUAAGAGUCGCAUCUUGAGCCCCCUUUCCCAUGCACUGUUGUCUCCCUGCUUUCAAGGCUUUUAUCUGUGUCCAUCCCACCCCGUGUCCACACCCACCGUGCACAGAGUCUCCAGGCCCAUCCCGACCUCCAUUCCCUCCUGAGAUGGACUGUGUAUGAGGAAUAUCUGUGUGACUGUGACCACUUCCUCAUCUAUGCUUUUUUCUCUUUUCCUUGACCAAAGCUCCCUUUGGGGUCAUAAAAAGGCUGCCCUGGACCAUAGGUGCUAUGGAGAUGAUUGUUCCAAACACUAGACAGCUGGUGACAGCCACCUGGCUCACUACUCACUUCCAGGGGAGGGGUUCUAUCAGAGACUAAAGAAGUAACUUCUGAGGGUGUACUCUUGCUAGCUGAGUGUCCUUGCUCUGGAAAUUCAAAGCAGCAAGGCCCCGUGCUGUGAGCCAAGCCAGGCUCCUCAUCCCCACCCUAUCUUACCCCAACAGAUCCCCCUAGAAGUUGCCAAGAAUUUCUAUGUCUAUUCCUGGAUUGCACCUCCCCUAGAAUGUGACAUCCCCACAAAUUCCUGUCCUGAUUGUUCAGAGAGGGGUCACUAAGGUCAGAGGCCAAAGUAGGACUCAAAGUGAGGAGGACGAGGUGACCAGACACCUAUUGAGCAUCUCUUGUGUCCCAACCUGUGUGUUGGGGUUUUAUAUGCACUGGCUUAUCUAUUCCUCUUAAAACUUCAGGUGGGUUAGAGAAGGACAAUGGCUUCCAGCCAUGCAGGGUUUUAACAUUUCCAGCACAAUCCCUAUCAUCUCCUGUGAUUAUCUGCCAACCCUGCGAGACAGGCAGAACAAAUAGCGUUCUUCCCAUUUUAUAGAUUAAGGAAUGGCAUUCCGGAGACUGGUCUAAAGUCACACAGCUGAAUGUAGUGGAGCCAAGACUUGGACUCAGGCCUUCUUAUUCAGAGUCCCAUGGUCUGUUCAUGCAGAACUCACAGGAGACCAGGUCUGUCUGGCCUGAGGCAAGUCCUAGUUCCCACUUGGGAGACCCUGGCAUAAACCAGGGCACACAACUGAGCCUGUCCAAGCCCAGACCUCUAUCUUACGAUGGACACAGAUCCUUGGGGAGGGCCACAGCAGGGUACGGAGAAAAAGACAAAGAACACCAGGCUGGUUUCUGCCCUUGAGAAGCUCCCAGUCUGGGGAAGGAUGGAGGUCAAACACACUCAGAACCAGACAGAGGCAGAGCACCAUGGGGGCGGGUGGGUAGGCAUCUGGGUCCUUGAGCUGGGGACAGAAAAGGCUUUGAGCUGAAGAGAAAAGGUAGCUGAAGAGAAAAGGUCCCAGAAACAUCCAUCCCCACAUCCCACUUUGUGCCUGCAAAUGUUGCUUUGAUGUUGUUUUGUAUCUUUAAGCUGUGACUCUGUAUACAUGCAGUGCCUCCCAGGCAAGACUGUAAGCCCUUUGGGGACAGGGCUCCUUCCAGCUCUUGGAUGGUAUUCUCCUAUCUAUGUUCCUUCAUCUGUCUUAUCUAGCACAGUGCACUGCAAAUAGUAAGCACUCAAUAAAUGCUCAUUUGCCAAUUAA